GACAUUAUUAGAAAUUAACUGGAAACUAACUCUUUAAGGGUCCUUGCCUUAUCCUUGUCGCUGUCGUUGUCAAAGUUCAAAGAAAAAGACAGCAACAAAAGCGAGAAGAAAUAGAAGAAAAACGAAAAUUAAAGAAAAACCGAAGAGAAGGAAAAUUUUGCAAGCAAAUAAUUGAUUAACAUGUUUACGCUGGACAACGGUUGGAAAUGCUGUGCGGCUGCUAAUUGCGAGGAACAACAACGAAUGAACAGCAACGACGACGAAAAAAAAGGGUCUCUGAAGGGACAUUAAUUAAUCACAGUCUUGUCUGUCGAACGCACACACACAAACACACCCGCACACUGCUCUGUAAGGGAGCAAACAAGUAAGAAGGAAGAAAAAAAUCAAAUUAACAAGGCGUCAAAAGGAUUAACAAAACCCAUCGAAAACAGUGGGCUUACUCCCCCCUAAUCACCGUCUGGCCAAAGGAACGGGGGAGCAGCUUAAAAAAUACGUGACACGCAACGCGCGCAAAAGGGCGUAAAGGAAACGCUGAAACGGAAAACAGGCACAGGAUUAGGUAGCUUCAACGCUGCGCUGGAACGUGUUGGGAUUAUCUAAGAAAGAAAAGAGAAGCAAAUACCACAGUAACCAAUCAAAUGAAAAUGGAACUGAAAGAGCAAAAAAAUCAGCGGCUAUUUGGCCGUUUAAUGGGCAUCUAUCUAGUAUUACUUGUCAUUCUACUCCAAGAGACAAUGGCCCACACGGAUUGGAUGCAGAAUUGCAGCAGUUGUCACUGCCAUUGGAAUUCGGGCAAGAAGUCGGCGGACUGUAAAAAUAAGAAACUCAUCAAAAUCCCACAAAAUAUGAGCAAUGAAAUGCAAGUGGUUGAUUUUUCGUCUAAUCAGAUACCCGAACUUCGUAGCGAAGAGUUCCUGCGGGCCGAUCUGCCCAAUUUGCAUAAGAUCUAUUUGCGCAACUGUACCAUACAGGAGGUCCAUCGAGAGGCAUUUCGUGGCUUACAGAUAUUAAUUGAACUGGAUCUAUCGAACAAUCAUAUACGUGAUUUACAUCCUGGUACAUUUGCCGGAUUGGAGAAGCUGCGGAAUGUUCUCAUUAAUAAUAAUGAGAUUGAAGUCUUGCAAAAUGAUCUAUUUGUGAAUUUGAGUUUUCUGGUACGUGUCGAGUUUCGAAAUAAUCGCCUCAAGCAGGUCCAAUUGCGAGUAUUUGUUGGAUCGUUGCCUCUGUCGAGCAUUGCUCUGGAUCAGAAUCAAUUGACCCACCUGCACAAGGAAACGUUCAAGGAUCUGCAAAAAUUGACCUCGCUGUCGCUGCAAAGUAAUCAAUGGAACUGCAGUUGUGAGCUGCAAGAGUUUCGCGACUUUGCCAUAUCAAAGAGAUUGUAUACACCGCCCACCGAUUGCCAGGAACCGCCUCAGCUGCGGGGUAAACUCUGGAGCGAAGUGCCCACUGAAAACUUUGCCUGUCGCCCACGAAUUUUGGGUUCGGUGCGUUCGUUUGUCGAGGCCAAUCACGACAAUAUCACAUUGCCCUGCCAAAUUGUUGGCACCCCCAGGCCAAAUGUCACUUGGGUGUACAACAAGAGGCCGGUCAAUCUGAAUGAUCAAAGGAUACGAGUGCUGAACACCAUCGAACAGGGUUAUCGUCAGGCCAUGACAUCGGAGCUGAGGAUUUUUGGAGUACGACCAUCUGACAAGGGUUCCUACAUAUGCAUAGCCGAUAAUCGUGGCGGCAAAGCCGAGGCCGAGUUCCAACUCUUGGUGAAUGGAGACUAUGGCGGUGUUAUCGGUGGCGAUGGAUUGGGCCUCAAUUUGGGCGGCAUGAGUGGCUCCAUUGGCGCCUCGACCAGUGAUCCCCAGACCAACGUCAUUCUCAUUAUCUGCCUUAUCACUACUUCGAUUCUCCUGUUGCUUAUCGUUUCCGUACUGACUCUAUUCUGGUAUUGUCGCCGCAUUAAGACCUAUCAAAAGGACAACACCAUGAUGAGUAACGAUGGUUUGAUAUCAUCCAAAUUGGAGAAAACUCACAACGGCUCAAUGCUCGAGGGUUCGGUUAUAAUGGAAAUGCAGAAGAGUUUGCUCAACGAAGUCAAUCCGGUGGAGAAGCCGCCCAGGCGUACGGAUAUCGAGAGUGUUGAUGGUGGUGAUGAUGGGCAUGAGAUUAAGAAAACGUUGUUGGACGAAACAGUAUAUGUGGCCAAUCAUUCUCGGGACGAUGAGACACACUCGGUGGCCCUUUCGGAUACAACAACCACACCCCGCUCUCGUCACACCUAUGUGGAUGAUACGUAUGGCAAUAGUUUACCACCCGACUUGCUGGCCUUUCCGGCACGCGUGCCACCUACUUCGCCAUCGAUGCAAUCGUCGCAAUCUAAUAUACCCGAUCAGGUGAUCUAUGGCAUACGUUCGCCACCACCGCUAACCAGUCCCGUCUAUGCUCACAUGACUCCGCACGGCAUCUAUGGUACAACCACACUGACGGCGGCCCACACACACAACGGCUUCAUGACGCUCCAACAUCCCAAGACUCGCAAUCUCGCAUUGAUAGCAAAUCUGGCAAACAGCCGGCAGCAGCAGCAGGCACAACAGCAGCAGCUGGCGGCCUUGCAGCAGCAUCAGCAAUCCUCGCAAGCAUCACCAUUUCUGCCAGCCCCAGUGGUUUAUUCACCAGCCGCAACGGCUGUGGUAAUGAAACAAGGUUACAUGACCAUACCUCGAAAACCCCGUGUACCCAGUUGGGCCCCAAGCACUUCGGGGGCAGCAGCUGCGGCGGCGGUGGCGGCAACGCAUUUGAGUGAAUUCCAAUCGCCCACAUCGCCCAAUCCCAGUGAGACGGGAACGGCCACUACAGCCGAAUUGCAAGCCGAGCCGGUCUAUGAUAAUUUGGGUUUGCGUACCACAGCUGGAGGCAAUUCUACCCUCAAUUUGAAUAAGGUGAAUGGCAGCAGUACAGGAGCACAGCAGCAACAGCAACAGCAGCAGCAACAACAGUAUACAAUGCGGGAUCGGCCAUUGCCGGCCACGCCCAGUCUCACUUCGGUGGCCUCGGCGGCGAAUAACAGCAAGAUCUAUGAGCCGAUACAUGAAUUGAUACAUCAGCAGCAACUGCAACAGCAACAACAGCAGCAGCAACAGCAGCAGCAGCAACAGCAGCAUCUUUUCGCUUCCGAUUCGGAGCCAUUGUAUGGUGGAGGUAGGCAUCAUCAUGGUCAUGGCAUAACCAUAUUGCCAGCAAAUACAAUUAGCGGGGUAGGGUCAUCGGCCUCGCCGACUCAUGGCGCCACCGCGAAUAUCGGUGAUUCCCCGAAAGUGGCUAAAAUACCCCCGCGACCACCACCGAAGCCCAAAAAGAAGAUGUCCGUAACGACAACUUUACGGGGUCAGGGUAGUACAAGUCAACUCUUUGACGAUGAGGGCGAAGAUGGCACCGAGGUUUAAGCGCUAGCUGCUAACAAUUAAAGGAAAAAACUAAAAAAGAAGAA